AUAGUAUUUAUAGUAUUUAGCAGACACUUUUGUCCAGUGACCAGAUGACAAAUGACCUCUAACUUUAUGACAACUGCAGCAAAUCAAUUUAGUUCGCAAUAACACCUUUCUAACCAUAUUUCAAACAAUAGAUUUAGUCAAGUAGAUUAAUCAUCUUCCCCCCAUCUUAAUCCUUGGCCCACUGAAUAAAACACAAAAGACUGUUUUCCCUGAAAGUCAAUCUUGCGACUGUGUUAAAAAUCAAUUUUUAACGGAGCAAUAUCCUCCGGUUUUUAUAAAGCAACGCAAGCCAAGCGCUACAGGCACGCACAAAUGGAAUUUGGCAAACCUUUAAAUUCACACCUCCCCGCAAAAUAAAGCUGGUCCCAAGUGGAUCGUACUUCGAGCUCACUGUUCAAGCGACUGUACGAGGAAUAUAAAAAAAAAAUCGAAUUGAAUUACAUUACAGGCGGGGCAAAAGAAGUCCGUCACCACACUCCGCCCGUUUUAGAGGAUACACAGAGAGGAGAGCAGAAAGUUUGGAGACUUCACGCAAUGAACGGAGACAGAGGGGCACACUGGUGGUUUAUCUGGGUACACGGGGCAACAUGUUAUGCACGAUUUCUUUCAGUGCCGUCUGUCGUUAAACCUUUACGAGUUACAGUCUAAAUUUUCAUCGGAAACCAAGGACCGCGCGAUUGCAACGGUAAAUGAGAACUUGUUUUGUUUGACCACAGAUUUUAAUAUGCGUGCUACCGGUGCUCUAUGGGUUGUCUUUUCACCACCCCACACAACGUGGUCUCAGCGCGGCUUCAACAAACUACAGAAACACCUCAGACUUCCAAAAUGACUAUUUCAAGAAGCUGUUGGUACUUAUUCAUUUCUUUUAAUUUCAUGAACAAGCCUUGCAAAGAGGAUUAUUAGUACUAUUUACAAUCUUUAGCAACCGGACUAAAAGUUGUGAUUGAUUUGUACCUUUCAUGGAGAGAUCAUUUUUCAACACCUCUUGUACCAGGCCUCAGACCUUCAUACGGAUGUAACAUUCAUUCAGCAAUACACACACACAAGUAUCAUCUUGAUUUUCAAAUUCCGGCAGUUCAAUGCAAUUGUUAUAAAUACUUAUCUUGAGGAAGUAAAGCAUGUCAUGCAGUAUGUGACAGUUCUGACAUCCCAUGUUGUCUUGAAACUACUAUGGGGGACUUACAAGUGAAAACUGUGAUUCUACUCUGGUGCCACCUUGUAAUCGCUGGAUCUACCCUGGAAAUUGGAGCCUAUGACAUUGAACGAGGACGACCCGCAAAAUGCGAGCCCAUUACCAUCCCCAUGUGCCAGGGCAUUGGCUAUAACAUGACCAGGAUGCCCAACUUCAUGAAAUACGAGAGUCAGGUGGAGGCGGGCAUCAAACUGCAAGAGUUUGCUCCUCUGGUGGAGUACGGGUGCGAUGUGCACCUCCGCUUCUUCCUCUGUUCACUCUACGUGCCCAUGUGUGCCGACCAGGUGUCCAACACCAUCCCCGCCUGCCGGCCCAUGUGCGAGCAGGCGCGGCAGAGGUGCUCGCCCGUCAUGGAGAAGUUCAGCUUCGGCUGGCCCGACUCGCUGGACUGCUCCAGGCUGCCUACCAAGAACGACCCCAACUCGCUGUGCAUGGAGGCGCCGGAGAACGACACCAAGCCUGAGGGCAAGAAGGGAGAGGGCAUGCUCCCACUGCCCCCCAGACCCAGGCAGCCAGGCGCGGGGGCCAACGGGCCCUCCACCGCUGGCCUGGGCUCGUGCAAGAACCAGGAGAAGUUCCAGUAUGUGGAGAAGAGCCGCUCGUGCGCCCCACGAUGUGCGCCCUCCAUCGACGUCUUCUGGUCGCGCCAGGACAAGGACUUUGCGUUCAUCUGGAUGGCCGUGUGGUCCACGCUGUGCUUCGUCUCCACCGCCUUCACCGUGCUCACCUUCCUCCUGGACCCGCAGCGCUUUCAGUACCCGGAGCGGCCCAUCAUCUUCCUCUCCAUGUGCUACAACGUCUACUCCGUGGCCUUCAUCAUCCGCUCGGUGGCUGGCGCUGAGAACAUCGCCUGCGACCGCGAGAACGGCGAGCUCUACAUCAUCCAGGAGGGCCUGGAGAGCACGGGCUGCACCAUCGUCUUCCUCAUCCUCUACUACUUCGGCAUGGCCAGCUCCAUCUGGUGGGUGAUCCUCACCCUCACCUGGUUCCUGGCCGCCGGCCGCAAGUGGGGCCACGAGGCCAUCGAGGCGCACAGCUCCUACUUCCACAUGGCAGCCUGGGGCCUGCCGGCCAUGAAGACCAUCGUCAUCCUCACCAUGAGGAAGGUGGCGGGCGACGAGCUCACGGGCCUGUGCUACGUGGGCAGCAUGGACGUGACGGCGCUCACCAGCUUCGUCCUCAUCCCCCUGUCCUGCUACCUGGUCAUCGGCACCUCCUUCAUCCUCACGGGCUUCGUGGCGCUCUUUCACAUCCGCAAGGUCAUGAAGACCGGCGGCACCAACACGGAAAAGCUGGAGAAGCUCAUGGUGAAGAUCGGCGUCUUCUCCAUCCUCUACACGGUGCCGGCCACCUGCGUCAUCGUCUGCCUCUUCUACGAGCGGCUCAACAUGGACUACUGGAAGUUCCGGGCCCUGGAGGGCCAGUGCGUGGCCUUCCCCGGGCGCAGGAGCGAGGACUGCUCGCUGGACUCCUCCGUGCCCACUGUGGCCGUGUUCAUGGUCAAGAUCUUCAUGUCCCUGGUGGUGGGGAUCACCAGUGGCGUGUGGGUUUGGAGCCCCAAGACCCUGCAGACGUGGCAGAGCCUGUGCAACAGGAGGCUGGCCGUGCGCGGCUCCAGGAAGGCCUGCAACAGCGUCAGCUGCAGCAGCUCCCACUGCUACUACAAGCCUUCGGCAGUGACACUGCACAUGACCAAAACAGACUCCUACCUAGAGAGCCCCACACACGUAUGAACACAAUGGAGCUUCACACAUUGUGUGUCCAGUGCCAAAGCGAAAGGGAUUGCGUACAUCGCUUUGUCUUCUAAAGACGUCAUUGCUCUGACUUGCCCGCAAUCCAAUGAUUUAAAAGUAGCAAAGCUAAGCACUAUCACCCACGGGCUAGACAUAAAGGAAGUAUAUAUUUGUACAUCAUUUGAUAGAGUGCUUGUUUAUGGUGAGGAACUGAACAGGAAGACCAUUAGGUUGUACAGAAGGUAUUCGGAAUUGGUUUGGUGUGUUCUCCCCCUCAGCAGCUUGUUAACUUAUUGUUUUUGAGUAUUUAAGUGCAGACCCCAAUAGGUUUUGCUGUAUGUAUUGUAUCGUAUUGUAUAUGAGCACCUGUACUGAAAGAAUAUAACUAAACUAAAGUGUUUUAAAGAGGUCAUAUUUUUCCUAAAUAAAAUGCAGUAAAACAUUAGUUUUGCUUUCCUUAAUUGUUUAAGACACCACUGUAGAGGGCAUUCUGUUUCCAAGAAGCAAUGAAGAUAAACAUAAUUCAUUUAUUUAGUUCACAUUUUCCCUCCAUGAGUCCAAAUACUAUAUAAACAGCAACUGUAAAAGCCCUUAUGAGGAAUACUUAAUAAUGGUUAUUAUACUUAAUAAUUCCAGAAGCAAUGAACCUGUUGUGUGUGUGUGCUGCCUGUUAUUAUAUAUACAUAAUGACUCAUGAAUGACGACUUAUAACACUGGUAAUCUCACAUUCACUUGCUUCCUCUUCAGGGUCAUCUGGGACAACUUGUGUGAGAUCAGUAAGAUCAAUAUUUGAGUUUUUCCCAUUUUUUGGCUCUUUAAUGCCUCUGCCCAAAGCUCAGACAUGCAUUUACUAAGCCAUCCUUGUCAGUGACAAUGAACCUUCAUGCUCCCCCCCUUCCAUGUUUCUAAACAGUGGUUUAGUCAUGGGCGCAUGGACGGCUGCAGGAUCUCACACUGCAGUGUUUGUAGUUGUGCUAAAUGUUCAUUUUCCUUUGAGACAUCAGCAGCCCCGAACGGAAGAAUAAUAACCAACACGGCACGACAGCAUUCCAUGGUGUGAGUGAACAGGAAGAGGAGUUUGGAUGAUAAGCCAUGAAUCAGCUUUUAGGAAUUGUUUCUUUUGUGUGUAAUUGUGUGUGUUAACCCCCCCCCUCCACACUCAC